AGUGUAACCAGCCGUGUAGGCAGCAGCUGUAGUCCCUCCCCGGGCCGGAGAGAGCUCAGGGAAGCCGGGCUGCUAAAUGCUCCAGCCUCAGAGGGACGAUGGUGGAGGGCUGGUAAAGAUGGCGGCUCUCUCCGAGGAUGGGAGGUACGGAUUAAAUUGUGGCCGACAGAGCGCAGAUAGAAUCACCGUUUUACACGUCAAAUUGACCGAGACAGCACUGAGAGCGAUAGAGAGCUACCAAAAUUGCAUGAAUGUACCUUCUUCACGGCCAACGAUACAAUUCAAGGGACUCCAAGGACACAUUAAAAUUCCCAAGACCGAUUCCUCCUCAAACUCCUCCCACAAUUUUGAUUUCUACCUGUCUAAUGUGGGCAAGGACAACCCUCAGGGAAGCUUUGAGUGCAUCCAUCAGUAUGUGUCAAGCUCAGGGGCCUCACACCUGUCAUUGUUGGAGACGGUACAGGACAAGGUCACAGUGUGCGCCACUAAUGACUCCUACCAGGUGACCCGGGAGCGUAUGACCCAGGCUGUGGAGGACACACGUGAACGUGGGACCAAAGUCAUCAAGCCUGGGGGCCAGUACAGAGGAAAGAAAGUCCAUAUUCGUAAGCCUGCGCUAUCAACCCCAGAGGUGGUCCCAGAGCGCAAACGAUCCACACCCAUCAACCCAGCCAACACUAUCCGCAAGUGCCUUUCCAGCAACCCCGUGUCCCAGCGGCCGUUCCGGGACCGCAUCAUUCACCUGCUGGCGCUGAGGUCCUACAAGAAGCUGGAAGUGCUUGCCCGUUUGCAGCGGGACGGUAUCAACCAGAAGGACAGAAACUCCUUGGGGACCACCCUACAACAGGUGGCAAAUCUGAACCCCAAAGACAACACAUAUUCAUUGAAAGACUUCAUUUUCCGUGAUGUCCAGCGAGACUGGCCUGGCUACUCUGAAGAUGAGAAGGUCCAGGUUGACCGGAUCCUGGCUCGCAAAUUAGGUCUUCCUACUGAGGCACUCUCAUCAAGCAGUUCUCCCAAAGACAGUGUCCCUGCGUCCCCCCUGAAGCGCCAGCCAGACUUUGACUUCAUAGAUCCUUUGGCGCCAAAGAAAGCCCGCAUCUCCCACCUCAGCAAUCGAGGGCCAGCCGCAUCUUUAUCCUCAUCCUCCUCUGACCGCCGUGAGGACGAGGGGAGCCCUGGCUCCAAACGCUCGUCCCUACCCUCCAACGUCACCUCGGGCCCUCCCAGCCAUCUCCCCAUCUCGUCCCACCCUCCUGCACCCUCUCACCAGCAGCCCAGCCCAGCCUCCAACUCCAACUCACCCAGCACCCCGGAGGGCUGUGGUACCCAGGACCUGCCCAUGGACCAGAGUUCCUCCUGCAGGGACCCUUCACCCAGCCCCUUCUCUUCUGAUAGGAUCCUGCAGGACCGCUAUCGGCCGCCCAUCCCAGUCCCCAGACCAGCUGCAUCCCCCAGCCCUCCUCCUUGCACCUCACUCACAGUUACCUCCACUGUCAUCAGCAGCCCUCCCUUGUCCAGCAGUACCACCAAGAAGUUCAAGAAGAAAUCCAAAAAGCACAAAGAUAAGGAUCGAGAGAGGGAGAAAGGGAAACGGACGGAAAGAGGCAGUAGUCCUCCCAGUGUAGCAGAGCAGGCUGAGGAGAGUCGUAGGGCCAAAAAGAAGCGCAGUUCUGAGGAAGCGAAAAGAGAAGUUAUCGACAAGAAUCCUCACAAAGAUCAAGACUCUUCAGAGAAAGAGAAGCCAGUCCAAUCUACUGAAUUCUCAUCUACAGUUGAUAUACCUGACUAUGUAGUAAAGUACAUGCCGUUGGUGUCCACGGACCAGCGACAAAGCUACAAGGAUGACUUCAAUGCAGAGUAUGAUGAGUACCGCCAACUGCAUGCCCGUGUGGAGAACAUCACCCGCCGCUUUACCCAGCUGGAUACCCAGUGUCGGAAGCUGGUACCUGGCACCAAAGAGUAUCAGAAGGUGCAAGAAGAAGUCUUGAAAGAGUACAAAAAAAUGAAACAACACAGCCCCAACUACCAUGAGGAGAAACAGCGCUGUGAGUACCUGCACAACAAGUUGGCCCACAUCAAGCGGCUAAUAGCUGAUUUUGACCAGCGCAGAGCCCAGGCCUGGUGCUGAGAGCACAGCACAGCCCACCAGGCCUCCCACAACAUCUUCACUAAUCAGUAUUGAGAAUGGAGUGUCGAACCAGGAGGGGGUGUCCAACUGGCUCUUAUUUAUUAACACCCCCACAGUUACUGCCUCCACAACAGCCCCCCUUCCUUCCCCUUUUUCUUUUUCCCAUCAUCCUUCAUUCCUUCCUUCUUUUCUCAUCUUUGAUUCCACAGGCAGUAUUGUUGCCUGCAUUCUUGAAAAUCUCUGACUCUACCCCCCCAUCUUUUGCUUUCUCAAUGAGCUCCUGUGGAAUUUCAUACCACUGGACGAGUGGAAGGGGCUACAUGAGGUGUGAAGGAGUUUGGGGAAAAUCUUUAAACUCUUCUAACCUUUGAAGGACUUUAUCUGGCAAAAAAAAGAACAAAAAGUAUUUUUGAGCAUCAGAGAAAAUAACGUAUUUAAGUAAAAAAAAAAAAAAAAAAGAGGGAGAUCUAUUUAUUUUGGGACUCGUAGUGCAAAAGAGUCCGCAGAUGAUAUAUUAACUUUUGUUGAAAACAAUGCAAAAAAAAUUACCGCGGGCCUUAUGUGUUUUGACUUUGUGAAGCCAUUUUGCACGCAGGAUCCAUAUGUCAUCUCACUCGGCAAUGACGUCUCUCUUGCCUCAUUUCCUCUCUAUUCACACAAAACUGUACUGGAUAACCUUGCUUCAACACACUGCCGUGUGUCUGCUGAGUUUGAAGAGGAAGGAAAUGAGACAGGCAGGAGAAAUCAAUGAGCUGGCUGAGAAGCAACAACAAUAUGUGUGCAUGGAUUGUAAAUUUAGUUGUAAUGGCCACGUGGAGUGGUGAGGGUGGGGUAACUAAAGGAGUAUGUUCCCCUGUUAGCAGGGGGCAGUAUUCCCUGCACCAACAGUGUUUAAUGUUCACGGUGCAUUAUGGGUGCCUUAAGGUGUUUACACUCAAACGUCGAGUUAGGCCGACCCACAGGCUACACAAUGGAACUACAACUGCCUGGCAACAGGUUGUGCGUGUGUGCGUGCGUGCGUGUGUGUGUGUGUGUGUGUGUGUGUGUGUGUGUGUGCGUGCACAAGCAUGUCUGAGCAGGGGAGGAAGGAAGAGAUGUUCAGUCUGAAAGGCGUCAGAGCGUUACAGAUUGUAUGAGUUUGUGUAUUUGUAUGGUUGUGGAUCACGUGGAGUGAAAGGUAAAAAAAAAAAAAACAGAAAUAAGGGGGAAAAAAAGUGAGAAAUAAGAAAAACAACAAAAAAAAAGCUGCUAUAGUGUUUGACCAGCCAGAGCACUCAGGAUCAACCUGGCUGGAGUAACAGUACCUGAUCUUAAUUGAAGAGAUAUAGAGGAUCCUAAUAUUAAUUUUCCAGAAUGGUUCAUCUCUAAACCUUGGAAAAGACUGCGCCCACCUCUUCAGGCAAACAGUAUGUGUUUCUCUUCACCGGAGGACAAAUCUGUAUGAUGUCAAAUGUAUUUGAUUCUCAGUUUGAGUUCUGCAGAGCAUUGAAAGAUUUCAGAGUAGCAUUUUUUGUUUUCAACAUUGAAACAGAUAUUUAGUUCAAUGAAUGGAUGAAUGGAUUCUAUGAAAAAUGAAAAUUUAUUUUUGAGUUUAUUUCAACAAGGGAAAAAUUGUUUACAAAACCUGUGUUAGAAUGUUUGCCAAACAUUAAAUACUUUUCUGGUACUGCAUCCAUGGAGUAAAAAUUUCUGAUUGGGACUUAAUUUUAGGAUUCAUUUAUACUGGAAUAUGUUUCUCAUUCACUGAAGAAUAAAUCCAAUAAUGUUGCAUUUUGGGGUGUGAAGAGGAACUUAGUUACUGUGCCCCUAAAUAAAAAAAAUCAACAGUUGAAGGGUAUCGACUCUGACGUCUCUGUAGUCAUCAGCUGGUCAGCCCCUUCUCAGCAGUCUGGUCUGAAAUAUAUUCAGCUAGUGAGGACAUGUAAGAGUCUGUCUCCUGUAUUGGGGGAAAAAAUGUAGCACCAUUUUUUCCCCCCGCAAACUGGAGAUUUAAGUAAAUACGGGCCAGUUCUGUUCCACAUAUAUUUUGGUUGUGGCAUCCUGUCGAACAGUCAGUCUCUGCAGUAGACUGGCUGUAUUUGUCGGCUGUCAGAGUCAACUUUAGUGUAAUUGCAAACUUGGCUUAAUGUGCUUGUUUUCUCUGAAGUUAUUUUGGACAGAAAAUCAGCACUUGUAUAUUGGAGGUGUAACAACAGCAGAUAAAAAUGUCCACAAGAGGCUCCACUCUACAUUUACAUUUAUUACAGCUGUGGGAUAUAGGGUCAGUGUUUUGGUUUAUUUUUCCUGUUUUCUUUAGGUGAUUCUUUUGGUCAUUCUCCAGAAUCUGGCGAGUGCCACUCCAACCGCUGAAAUAGUGCAGGAGGCCAGGGCUUUACAUGUUGUCCAUCACCUGCGGCAUCCUCGCAGCCCUCCAAAGAUUUCUGCUCCUAUCAAAGACAGAUAAACUUAAAUGGGGUUUGAACAACAGCGAUUAGCAUAUAGUGACUCAUUAUUAUUAUUGGAGGAAGGGGAGAAGAGGGUUAAUCAAGAGUCUUAAUGAGGAAGUGACUAAGUUUAAAAAUGCCCUGGCAGUAUUUGGAAAAUGAAAAACCACUGAAAAUCAAGUGAAUUUUGAGUGAAAUCUGAUCCUGCCCACCUGAAAAUGUACAAGGCAUUUCAAUAAAAAUCAACUUAGUUUUA